CACCAGAACCCGCCGCUAUCGAAAGCUCGCCUUUAGAGCCCUUAGAAGCCAAGGACGAGCGCAAGAAGACGAAGAAGGUAAAACCAUCCAAGGCCCAGCUCUGGCGCGAGCGCAUACGCACCACGUCUGCCGCACCCAACGACCAGCCAAUGCAGCAGCCAAACCAUUGUGAAGACGCGUCUUUGCCACAUUCAAUCAAAGCGCCAACACCAGACGCUACGCAGACCUCAGAUUCUGCACUGACACCAGAUUCUGCACCAGAAUCUGCGUCGACAACAAAGGUGAGCCGUCGUCCAGGGUAUUUCAUCGAGCUUGCUGCGCAGUCCAAAGUGCGCGGUGAUGUCACAACCUACGAAGGCGAGUAUGCGUCCAGCGAAUGGAGUCGGCCCAAGACGACAACGCGCGUCGCUGUGCCACUGCCCGCUGCAUCGACGCACGCCGCGUCGACGCACGCGACUGCGAUGCGGACCGAGUGGCGCGCCGUGAUUUGGCCAAUGUUUGCAGCACCCACGAUAACCCGUGCCAACCUUGACGUGAUCCAUACGUACUUGAGCCAGCACCGACCGCUGCUGCUGUGGGACGAGCGUGAUGACGACAAGUGCAGUAUAUGGCACCUUGCGGCCAUGCGUGGCCAUAUUCAAGUACUCGACUGCCUCCACGCGGUCGCCUCGGACGGCCUCGCGUCACGCGAUCGGAAGAAGCAAACACCAUUGCACGUUGCGGCGCAGUAUGGACACGUGGACACGAUCAAAUUUCUCUUGCAGCACGGCGCGGACGCUUUGGCCGUCGACAAGAAGGGCAACACGCCGCUGCACCACGCGUGUCGCGCCUUGUCAAUACACGCACUACGCGCGUUGCUCUCCAAGAGCAAGCUUGAAGCGCGCAACAAAAGCCGCGAGACGCCGUUGCUCGUCGCCAUCGUCGCAGCCGUCGCCGCACCGUCGCGGGAUAGUGUGGACGUGGUCAGCUGUCUCCUUCACGCCGGCGCCAACGCUUCUGUCCACGACCACUCGCUACAAACAGCGUUGUACCUUGCGAUGCCGUUCUCAGCACUCGUCGAGAUGGUGCUCGUCCACGGCUACACCUCCGAUGCGACGCUGCUCUCGCCGCUGCAGCUCAGCGUCUCCAGCGGGUACGUCGCCAGUCUCUCGCUCGUGCUUCCGAUCGCGCCAGCAUUUGCUCUGCACCAAACAGACAAGGUCCAUGGCGACUCGCUUUUGCAUCUGGCCGUGCGCUUCGACCACGUUGCUUGCCUCGAGAAGGUCCUCGCAGUCGCCGGAAAGAAGUUGCUCUUGAUCGAGAACGCCCAUUUCGUGACACCGGUUGUCCUCGCGGUGCAGCUCGGCCGCAGCGAGUGCCUCCGGUCACUGCUCAAGCAUGGCGGGUACCCGAACGAACGCGACCGGCAGCUGCGGUCGCCGCUCUUGCUUGCACUCAUGCGCAACGACUACGCAUGCGUCGAAGUGCUCAUGGGCUUUGAGUGCGCGGUCGACGUCGCCUGCAUCGACUUUAUCAAGGCCCACCACGCGUCCCAGCAGCCACCGCCCUCGACGCUACUGGCUCCGUACACAGUAUAUGCGUCACAUGCGCCGACCGACGGCGUCUUGUCGACGCUGGAUGGCACCCACCACAUCCAAGUCCACCAAGCCAUUCUCGUCGGUCGGAGUCCCGUGCUGCGAGCGCUUUGGGCGGGCUCGUGGGCGUCGUCCGGUGUCGCCUCGUACAGCGUCUGCGCGCCAUGUCACGUGCUUGACCUCUUUGUGAGCCUCGUGUACGCGCCAAACGUGGCGGCGCUGCAGGCCACGUCGGCAGAGGCGCUAUGGGAGCUGCUCUUCCUCGCCAACGAGCUUCUCGUGCGACCACUCGAGGCGCUAUGCGUGUGGAGCCUGGUUCAUUGGCACGAGUGGUCUCUGGACGACGCGUGGGAUCCGCUGCGCGGCGCUUUGCUGACGACGAUCCCCGACAAGACUGCGACCGAGAUGCAAGCGCUCCAAGAAGCCUGGCGCGCUGCCGAUAUGGGCGACUUGCUAGCGAGCGCGUGGCUCUCGGAUGUCAAUGUGGUCGACUGUGACGGCGGGAGCCUUCGAUGCCACCGCGCGGUGCUGGCGGCGCAGUCGACGCACCUGCAACGUCAUUUUGAGACGCAGGACCAGCUGACGCUGGCGUGCAGAAUGGAGAUAGUGCACGAUGCCAUCUCGUACCUGUAUACGCGACGCUGGCGCCAGGCCUCGACGGUCGACGAGCUCUUGGAGCUUCUCACGUGCAGCAUCCGACUGGCAACGUGGGAUCUCACCCGCCGAUGCGAGGCCGAGCUCAUGCACAAACUGGCGCCGGCGCAGGCCGAGGCCGUGUACGCGACCGCGUGCGCGUUUAGCGAGCAAGUGCCUAACCUCAAGACGGCGUGUCGCAUCGUGCUGCUCGAAUCGCUUGUCGCGUCGCCCGUGGACCGGAAAGAGCUCAUUCUUUCGUGCCUCCUUCCGUAACACAAGUUUUUUGUUUAUUC